AUGGAUGCAAAACUGAAGCCGAAGCCAGGGACGGGUCGGAGAGGUCGGACCAAACGGGAAAGAGUACGCAGGUUGAGGGAAGUGGGGAGCAGAGAAACCCACUGCAACCCAGAGCUCCACCACCACUCCUCCUGCUCCGACAGGGAGGCGCGCAGUCCAGGGAGGGAGCCUGCUAAAAAGGCACCGCGCCCCGCAGCCUCCAGAGCCCCCAGGAGGAAGAGGAGGGAGUCCAGCUCACAGGAGGAAGAUAUCAUUGAUGGAUUUGCUAUUUCCAGUUUCAUCAGCCUGGAGCGCCUGGAGGUAAGAGAGCUGGUGCAUGUUGUGAUUACCUUAGACUGA